UAGGGCCUUAAGGUACCACCGUUUAGACAAACAAACAUACAAUGGCGCGGGUUUUCCGCGGCGGUGCUGGCUUUGCCAGACCUGAAAAUGCUCUCAAGAGGGCAGACGAGCUGGAGGCCAUCGGCCAGAAGGCCGCUGCUCUGCAGACGCUGCAUGAUGUGAUUUGCAGCAAGAAGCAUAGGACUUGGUCCAAGACUUUUGAGUCCAUCAUGCUCCGUCACGUUGAGCUGUGCGUGGACAUGAAGAAGCGCAACUAUGCGAAGGAGGCGCUGCUCCAGUACAGGAACAUGUGCCACCAAGUUAACAUCAACUCUCUGGAGGAGGUCAUUAAGCAUUUCCUGAAGCGCGCGGCCGACAAGGCGGAGGAGGCACAGGCAAAGGCAGCGGCUGUGACACUGGAUGUGGAGGACUUGGAGGAGGACGCGAGCCCGGAGGAGCUCAUGCUCAGCUAUGUCAGCGGCGAGAAGAACAAGGACCGCACGGACCGGGAGCUGGUCACGCCUUGGUUCCGCUUUCUGUGGGAGUCGUACCGCAGCGUGCUUGAGAUUCUGCGCACCAACCCCAAGCUGGAGCCCCUGUACGCGAUGACGGCCACCAAGGCCUUCCACUUCUGCCUGCAGUACAAGCGCACCACGGAGUUUAAGCGCCUGUGCGACAUUCUGCGGCAGCACCUGACCAACCUGGUCAACAAGUUCCGCGACCAGCGCGAUGCCGGCCCGGAGAGCAUGACCAUGCACCUGGAGAGCCGCUUCGAGCAGCUGCGUGUGGCCUGCGAGCUGGAGCUGUGGGGCGAGGCGUUCCGCUCCGUGGAGGACAUCCAGCAGCUGAUUGCCCUCACCAAGAAGACGCCCAAGCAGCCUCAGCUGGCGUCCUACUACACGCGCCUGACCCAGAUCUUUGCCGUCUCGGACAGCCCGCUGUACCACGCCUUUGCCUGGCUGAAGCUCUUUAGCUUUGCGCGCCAGCACGCUCGCGGCAUGGUUUCGGCGGACUACCAGCAGAUGGCCACCUCGGUCCUGCUGGCGGCGCUGGCCAUUCUGCCGUACGAGCGUGGUACGGCUACGGCUGGCCGUGCCGCCUCGGAUGUGGUGGCUGCCGAGCAGGAGAAGGAGCGGGCUAACCGCAUGGCCACCAUCCUGGGUUUCGCCGUGGACGCCAAGAAGGACGCCCGCAGCCUGCUGACCCGCCCGGCGCUGCUGGCCACCAUCAACUCCUCCAACCUGCUGGCGCUGGUGCCGGCGGAGGUGCGCGCCAUCCACGACGCCCUCUCGCAGGACUUCAGCCCGCUGGAGCUCUGCCACCGCCUGACUCCCCUGCUGGAGAAGCUGCCGGAGCUGGCGGCCCAGCAGCUGUCCGGCGCCGCACCCGUGCGCACCGUCGCCCUGGACAAGUACGUGCCCGCGCUCAAGCAGGCCGCCGUGCUGCGACUGCUGAAGCAGCUCAGCGAGGUGUACAGCGUGAUGCGCAUCAGCGAGCUGGCGGCGAUGGUGCCCUUUUACAGCUUUGCCGAGGUGGAGGCGGUGGUGGUGGACGCGGUCAAGUACGACUACCUGCAGAUGCGGGUGGACCACCGCAACGGCACGCUGCACUUUGGCGGGCAGCAGGUUGAGAGCGACAAGGUGCGCGUCCACCUGGCCUCUGUCGCCAAGCGCCUCGCCAAGGCGGUGACCAUGAUGAGCCCGCAGCCGCUGCCGCUUGCGGCCGCUGAGGAGGCCCGGCGCCAGGCGGUCAUCAAGGCCGCCCGGAGCACCCUGGAGGCUGAGCAUCUCAAGGCCGUGGCACGCAAGAUGGUCAUCGAGAAGCAGAAGGAAGAGGCGGAGCGCGCGCUGUUCGAGGCGGAGCAGAUGGAGGCGGCUCGCAAGGCGCAGGCGCAGCGUGCGCACGAAUUGGCAGAGGACAAGCGCCGCCGCGAGGAGGCAGCGCGCCGCGAGACGGAGCGCCUGCAGCGUGAGAUGGAGGAGCGCGAGCAGGAGGAGCUCCGCGCCCACCUGGGUGCCCGGAACAUCAAGGUCAAGGAGGGCGAGAAGCUGGAGAAGACCGCCGUCAUCAAGGACAUCAUGUCAGAGCGCAUCAAGGAGCAGCAGGAGCUCGAGCGCCGCAUGGCCCGAUUUGCCAAGAACAUGGACCACCUGGAGCGAGCCCGCCGUGAGGAGGAGGCGCCAUACCUGGAGGCUGCCUGGAAGCAGCGUCAGGAGGCGGAUCGCGCCUACUGGGAGGCUGCGCAGACCGAGGCUGCUCGCCUGCACCGCCAAGCCUGGGAGGUCGACAUUGAGGAGAAGAAGCGCCUGGCACACAUGGUGCCCGACAAGGAGGUCUUCAAGAACCUCAUCAUGCAGCGCCGCGAGACCGAGUUCCAGGCCCUGCGCCGCGAGAGGGAGCGCCGCAUGGCCGAGAUGCGUGCACAGCGCAAGUUUGAGCGCGAGAUUGCCCGUCGCAAGGCUUACGUCACCCGGUGCCGCUUGGAGGUGGAGCAGCGCAUGCAGGCGCUCGAGGAGCAACGGCGGCGUGAGGAGGAGGCACGGAAGAAGGCUGAGGAGGCCGAGCGCCAACGCAAGCUGGACGAGGCCCUCGCCAAGCAGCGCGCCCGCGAGGAGGAGAUUGAGCGCCGGAAGGCUGAGGAGCGCGCAGGCCUGGGCCUCGCGGCGCCCUCCGCUGCCGCUGCUGCCGCCCCUACUGGCCCCAAGUUCUUGCCGCCUCACUUGCGUGCUGCUGCCGCGGCUGGCGCUCCAGCGGCGGCACCCCCCGCGCCCGCUGCUCCUGCAGCCCCCGCGGCUCCCGCGGAGGAGGAGGCUGGUGGCUGGCGCCGCCGGGGCCCGGAGGCGCCCCCGCGGGAUUACGGGCCGCCGCGCGACAGCUGGCGUGGAGGCGACCGUGACCGUGAUAUGCCGCCCCGCGAUAUGCCGUCUCGCGACAUGCCACCCCGGGACAUGCCGCCACGCGAGGCUCCUGCCCCGGCUGCCGGCAAGUUCGUCCCACCUGCCCUGCGCAACCGGCAAGACGGAGGGGCGCCGCCGUCUGGGGCUGCUCCGCCUCCUUCGUCGGGUGGAGCCUACCGCCCACCCAACCGCCGUUAGAUGCGCCGUACUGGUGUAAGGCUGGCGACGGCGGUUUGGCGCCAGGUAUGCGUUUAGUACUACUAUAGUUCAUAGCAUGUUCGUGGCCGGGCAGUCGCCUUUGAGGGGUGUAGCUGGCUUUGCCUCGUGCGCGGUUACCCCUUGGUUUGGAGGCUAGGCAAGUGGUGCAAGCAGUGCGUUGCUUAUAGCUGUUUCUGGUGUAAUUGGCAGGUUGUUGGUGCAUUAAUACUGACAUAUGGUACGACUUUUGAACUGUGCGGCAGCCUCCGGCAAGGUCUCAAGUCACCCAACGCAAAGCAAACUAGCACUAUUGCUAGUACCUCUCGCCCCUUGUACGGGUUGAACAUGUAAUCCACA